AGGCGCAAGAGCUUCUUCGGCCUCUCUGGCCUCGGUCUGAAGUCGACCUUGCACCUUGACCAGCAAGACCAUGGCGCAAGCAAUGGUAGUGGCGGCCUGCAACCGCCCAAGACUCUCAAGAAGAAGCCGAAGCACAUUCGCACUCCAAGUCUGUUCACCGACCUCGACCAUCCCGAUGUGGCCAGGGAGAAGGAUGCGAACUCUCCCCGCCCACCGUCAGACCCACCUCGAUCAUCCUCGCGCCGGCCCUCACUCAGCAUGAGAGCUGUGAAACGACCACCCUCGGUAUUCGAGUCCUUAAAGAAUACCAUGACAAGAGGGAGCAGCGAGGAUCUGCUCGGGAAUGGACUCAGCGCAGGAGGUGGUGAGCCGCUGUCGAGCACAUCCUCCAAAGCACCAUCGAUCAGGUUUGAUCAUGUCUUGGAGGCAACUGCUGGCGCAUCCUCCUCCAAAGCUGUGCUGUUGCAUGGGGAGGUACAGACGAGCGCAGGCAUGUUUCGCAAGAAGAAAGAGUACCUGGUGCUCACCGAGAAUUAUCUUCUGCGCUACAAGUCGCAGACGAAGGCAGCCGAGAACUUCAGAUCCAUUGCAAAUCCAAGUACUCGAAGCCCUACGGUGCGGCAUGGCUCCAUGCCUUCAAUAGGCUCACAUAGUGACCUCCAAACUCUUUCCGACUCUUCUGGCGACAAGGACGGCCGAGACUCAGGACCAGCCUCUGCAAUGACUCUGCAAUUCGGCAUUCCAGAAGAGCGAGAUACAUGGCUGAGACGAAUACGAAGUGCCAUCAGCGAUGUCAGGUCAAGAGAGACUUCUUAUAUUUCACCCUACAACCUCGAGAAUGCCUGUCGCAUCGUCGAACGCGACAACGAUUAUGACCCUUCUAAUUGCGCUAUAUAUAAGGUGGUACAGCGGCAGCAAGCGGUCAAGUCGGGGAGCAGGUCAUCCUCCGACGAUCUCACCAAAGUAGCUUCCACCGUCUGCUUUCUAGCAAUCGGGGUACACAAAGUACAUCUGAUCCAGCUAGUAAAGCCUGUGGCUAGGACAUCGAGCCCAUCCCUCGCACCAAAUCACUCGCAAGUGUCUCAUGGCAUUCUCACGCUUACCGGAAUCAAGGUCAGCAGCCAGGACGACACAUUUGAGCUGACAUUCCGACAACCUCUCCAGAAACCUCGAAUAUUGUACCUUGCCUCUUCCUCAUCGCACGAGAUUGCGGCGAGACUACACUGGUGUGAAAACUAUCUGCGUCCAGAGUGCGGGCAUAGGUUAUUCAGAUUUGUUGCACCCAUUGAGGUUGAGGAUCUUCUUGCACCACCUGCUGACUCCAAUCUGGAAGAACACAGCUGUCUCGAUCGCAGUCUGAUAGCAUACUGUGUUGCCUACGGAGUCAACCCCUCGAACAUUAGAUAUACAAUCAACUAUCAAUGCGAAGAUGCGCCUCGGUUCGAAUUACUGCAACCUACAGAUACGAGGCGGCCAAAUUAUGGGCCCCUCGAACUACUUGCGAUUUCACGCGCGUUACGCUACAACGAGACGUUUCGCAGCAUAUCCUUCGCUGGCAUUGCACUUGAUAAUAUAAAUGGUCUUCACGAUAAUUACGGGCAAGAGCAUGUUUGCACAAGGACAAAGCGUGGAACACCCAUCCGACUCACUCCAGAGGAGUUGAGUCGGUCUUCGCUCCUGGUCCAAGAGAUCCGCGCCCUAGCUGCGACAAGCAAGAAGCUGCGGCGGAUGGACUUCUCGGGCUGCGUGACAGUAAAGCGCACGACCGCCGCUCCGACCGAAGACGAGCCUUCGCGAGUCAGCGAGAUAGGCUGUGGGAUUGUUGAAGCUCUGUUCCCACUCUGCAAACAUCAAACUACCAACGUGGAUUGGAUCUGCUUGAAUGGAAUUGAGCUCACGGACACGGAUCAGGAUUAUCUGGUUGCUGCCGCUGUGGACAAAUCCUGCCAUUUCCGUGCCAUCGAGCUGAGUCGUUGUGGCCUGAAUGACAGAAGCAUGGGACUCAUCCUUGAUGCACUACGCGCCCAAGAAAACACCCUCGAGUCGCUUGAGAUCGCUGGUAAUGCCGCCAGACUCAAUCCGUCGACGUUUGAUAGCCAGCUUGCUAUGUUCGGCUUCAUUCGCAAGCUCAACUUAUCCAAUGUCUCGCGAACUUCAGGUUCGGAGCCAUUUCUUCAGGCCGAAACGCUACUCGUCUGGCGGCUGCAGGAGCUUCGUCUGAGUGGAACAGCCCUGAACGCAGCCACGAUUGACGCUGUCGCCACGUACCUCGCCCAUCCGCAGUCAGCAAGUCUUCAUGAGUUGUAUCUCGACAAUACAUAUCUCUCUGGAGGCGACAUUGCCACGAUCCUCCACAGCUUGUCUUGGGACCAUACUAGUACACGGAAUAUGCAUCUCGACUUUAGCCAAUGCCUGCUCAGCAAAGGACUUGAGAAGGUGACUCGGGCAAUCGCAAGCAAUUUGACCCCGUCACAUCUCAGCAUGAGAGCGAUCGAAUACAAAGAGGAAUCACAAUUCCGCAAAGUCAUCACAGCGUUGACGUCUAACAGGAACAUCCGCUUUCUAGAUAUGUCACAGACAGCACUCCCAGGCGAUGCUGGCGAUGACACAUGCAGAGCGAUCGCACGUCUUCUGAGUGAGAACAGCACGAUCACGGAGCUUGACAUCUCUGGAGACGAUUCUCGGCUGGCCGCCUCGAAGUUCGGACCCGGUAUCAACGAAGCCCUAGCAGGCUUGAAGAAGAACAAGACCAUUCAGGUCUUCCGAAUUGAGAAACAGAAGCUAGGAUUUCAAGGAGCUAGCACCCUAGCAGAAGUUCUGCGCGAGAACAGAACACUGCUUGAGCUCCAUUGCGACAACAAUGAAAUUCCGCUCCAUGGUCUUACAGAUCUGGUCAAUGCGCUAAUUGACAAUACCACACUUGUCUACUUGCCUACGAUGAACGAUGGCAGGGAGGCAGCUUUCAAGUCAGCCGAAGCCACUAUGAAGAUCAUGGGCGAGACUGACCCUCCUGUAUCGCCCACAAAUUCGAAGGCUUCCUCGCUAGGUGGCGGGUCUGCAGUCCGUCGAGGGUUUGCAAGUGUGCGAAAGAGCACACAGCGAGCAACUUCUGGCUCGUUCACGAUUCAAGAUGUGCAAACCACCCAUCGACUGCUGACCGAGCAGUGGGAUCGUCAAUGCUAUCGCCUCGAACAGUAUCUCAAUCGAAACUGGUCGCUGCUCAACAACAUCCCGGUGAAUAUGGAGAUUGAGGAUGAAAAGUUUGAGCGACCUGGCUCUGUCGGUAGCAUUGGGAAAAUGCUGGAGCAAGUCAAGUAUGACACGACACCA